CACCCAUCCAGUCGCAACGUAACCGCUUCGAAACUACCUGGAAGAGCUCGACAUUUGCUGUCAACGCUAUACCUCGCUUUUCAAACUACCAUGAGCUCGUCCCAUGCGCCGUCAGAGGCGGAUCGGAGGGGAAGGACGAACCAGUUCACAGACAUUGGCGUGAAGGGACGUAAAACUGGAUUGGUUGUCAAAGAUACUGGGCGGCGUGACUCCGCAGGUAUGGAGGAUAUGAAUGGAUUCUUCUCCCCUGAUCGGCCAGCAACACCCCAGGCUCCAAAUUCAUCCUUUACCAAACGCUUGCAAGAUGCCGCGAACCUUACAAACAACAACACAUCGGACAUGUCUCUUGCGCAGUCUUCAAUGCGCGAGCCUGCGACUAUCGUUCGUGACGACAGACGCGUCUCGGCCUUUGCGGCACUGAGACGAACGCCAGCUCGCACUUCACUGAAUUCUCCCGCGUUGCGCGUACGUUCGGCUGCCAAGGGCCAGUCGUCCCCUAAAAAGGACGUCAGCGCGUCUCCGUCUCGGUCAUCAAGCGCCCACUCUGGAUCAAACGUAAACGUUGCGCGGAAGAUCGACUUCAACGAGGUGAAGACGCCUGCACGAAAGGAACGUACGUUCGAACCCGAACCUGUGGAGGAGGAUUACCCUGAACCUCAAAUGGGCGACGAGGUCUACGAAGAUAAUGAGCCCGUACGAGAGCCUGAGGUUGAGGCGGAGGCAUCACCUGAACCAGCCCGUGCACCUUCCGCUACCAAGCCCAAGCCCAGGAAACAAACAGGACUGCUAUCUCAAGGUGGAAAGAAGCGGAAGUUGUUUGCGAUGACAAAUGGCGGAGAUGUUUCGGGUGACCUGGAAGCUCACGUUGGAGAUGCCGUGAAUGGAGCGGAGGAGGCAAUGAGUGAGGACGAGCGGAUGCCUGAACCUGAGGUUGAACCCGAGAUGGACAUGGAGCCCGAACCUGUCCAGGAAGCGUUUGACGAGGACGUGGAAGAAGCAGAACCGGAGCCGGCCCAGAAGAAAAGGGGAAGACCGCCCAAGGCAGUGGCAACUAAAGCAAAGGAGCAGGACGCACCGAAGAAGAAGGCGAAGGAAGUGCAACAGGUUGAGGAGUCUGAGAACGAGGAAGAAGAGGCACCAGCACCGGUCAAGAAGCGCGGACGACCGCCGAAAAAUACAACGAAGGAAAAGGAGAACAUCAGGCCCGCAAAGAAAACCAAGACCUCUGAGCCAGCACAGGCGAAGUCGAAGAAGCUCUCGAAGGGCGAUGUUUCUCUGACGCAAGCAAAGCAGGUCAUCAUCCAUGAGAAGCCUCCGGACCCGUCUGAGGACUUUUCCGAACUCGGCAGCGAUGUGCGAAGAAGUAGACGAGCACGGGUGGCACCUCUUGCCUUCUGGAAGAACGAGAAGAUUGUCUACGGAGCGAGCGAUCGUCGCAAGUCUAGCGGUCUUGUUCUGCCAGAGAUGAAGGAAAUUAUCAGGGUUGAGGAGACGGCACCUGCAAAAACCAAGAAGCGGGCAGCUAAUGGUACUGCACGGGGACGGAAGAGGAGUUUGAAGAGUGGAGACAGCAGCGACGAAGAAAGUGAUGAAGACAUCGAGGAAGAGGAUGGAUUGAUGGAGGCACAGGUUCUCGGAUGGCAGGCCGAUGGAGAGGAUGAGACAGUCGUCAAGGUUAUUGCCUGUCCUUCAACUCAGAUCAAGCCAAAGGCGGUCGCCAACACAUCUAUGCGCUACCAAAAGAUCUUCACUGUGAACGACUUCGUCGCUACCGGUGUCGUUGACCUUCCACCGGGCGCCGAGAAGUUGCCGAGGUCAUCAAAGCAGAACGUGAUGAUCUUCGCGGUGUUUGAGGGUGUGUUGGAGGUUAGGGUUCACGAUACGACCUUCAAGGUCAAGAAGGGUGGUCAGUUCAUUGUACCAAGAGGUAAUAACUACAGCUUCAAGAACAUCUCGGCAGCAAAGACUGCGAGGUUGUUCUUCACACAUGCAACGGAUACCUUGGCGAAUGCCGAGGCAGAGGUUGAGGCGGAGGCUGCGGCUCGGGGUGCUGCGUCGGAUGAUGAGUGAUUAUGAAGAUACGGACGCGUAAGUUAGGAUUGGGAAUCGGUUGGUAACGGUUGGGGAGAAGCGGAUUUCAGGGACAUUUUUCAAGCAGUAUGCGU